UGUGAGUUUUGCAAUAAAGCCUUCAUGUUGCUCCAAUACCUGUGUGUGGCCUGGAGAGGUGGGGCAGGUGGGAGGUUGGAAUGUGGCUGUAGGCGGUCAUUUCUCCUCUUUGGGCCAAGGGAGGGUGGCGUGCUGGGCAGGUUUCUUCUGGCUUCUCAGGAGGAGAGGUGGAGCUGCUUCAGUUGAAACCUGGGCCUAGGGCAGCACCCUUCACUGAGGAGCCCUGGGGCCGUUAGGGGCAGGCUAGGCUCUGGGAGAAGGAGCCCAGGAUUUUCUGUUUUGACUUCCCCAGGCCCAACUCCUGCACUGGACAGAGGAGGAGGCCCGUUGGGACAGGUGCGUGGAGUGAGGGGACAGCAGUCCCUGGGCCACUGCCCGCACUGGCUACCCGGCCUACCCCGCCAGGCGUGAGUCAGAUCGAAAGCAGAAGCUGCCAGACACCGCGGAGAGUGAAGCGAGGCAGAACCAACUGUGCUAUUUUGGAAGCCGGUUAAUUCCCCCUCGCGCCGCCCCGCCUCCCUCUCUCUCUGGGCUCUCAUCCUCCUCCUGGCACUUUGGCCUCCUCAGGGGGCAGUUAGGACAGGGCUGGAUUUCCCUGGUGUGUGUCUGUGUGUGUAGGGGGUUGAUGGGAGAGGGCAGAAAGCCGGUUACCAGCUCCUCCCUUUGCCAAUCCCCCACCCCCCAGUUCUGGUGGGGAGAGGGGAGGAGCUGGCUUCUCCCAGCGCCCGUGGGUGUUGGAGGCCAGAGCGCCCCCUCUCGGCGGCGCCCGUGGGCAGGGCGGCCCAGUUGAGCGGCCAGGUCACCGGCUCUCAACCCUGCCCUGUGGCCCUGGCGCCGCCCUCCCCGCCUGUCUUUCGCCACCAUCAGGGCCAGCUGUCAGCUGCCUCUCCCAGGGUCUUGAGUGAUGAGCACCUCAGGUGGGAGCCUCUCCCGGCAGUGAACCUCAGCGGCCUGGGAGGGAUUUCCGGGCCCUGGGGAGAGAUAUUUUGGGGCUGUGGGCCUUUGCAGAACCUGUGAAAUCGCUCACUCCGCAGCAGACCUGACCAAUCCUCUUAAGCCAUCAGCUCGCUCAUUGGACAUCCUAGGCCUGCUUGGAGUUUUGCUCCUCCUGUCCACCCUUUUGGGUUUCUUUGGAGCCCAGGCGAGCCUGGGGGUCCCUGCCGUCCAGCCUGCAGUGGAAAAAGAGGGAGCCAGCUCCAGCAGCCGCCAUGGCGUCUCGCAUUGGGCUGCGCAUGCAGCUCAUGCGGGAGCAGGCGCAGCAGGAGGAGCAGCGGGAGCGCAUGCAGCAGCAGGCUGUGAUGCACUACAUGCAGCAGCAGCAGCAGCAACAGCAGCUGGGAGCGCCGCCCACCCCCGCCAUCAACACCCCUGUCCACUUCCAGUCACCACCGCCUGUGCCAGGCGAGGUGCUGAAGGUGCAGUCCUACCUGGAGAACCCCACUUCCUACCACCUGCAGCAGUCGCAGCACCAGAAGGUGCGCGAGUACCUGUCCGAGACCUACGGGAACAAGUUUGCCGCCCACCUCAGCCCUGCUCAAGGCUCCCCGAAGCCCCCUCCGGCUGCCUCCCCUGGGGUGCGGGCAGGACAUGUGCUGUCCACUUCUGCUGGCAACAGUGCCCCCAACAGCCCCAUGGCCAUGCUGCACAUCAGCUCCAACCCUGACAAAGAGUUUGAUGAUGUCAUCGACAACAUUAUGCGCCUGGAUGAUGUCCUGGGCUACAUCAAUCCUGAGAUGCAGAUGCCCAACACGCUCCCCCUGUCCAGCAGCCAUCUGAACGUGUACAGCAGCGACCCCCAGGUCACGGCCUCCCUGGUCGGCGUCACUAGCAGCUCGUGUCCCGCAGACCUGACCCAGAAGCGAGAGCUCACAGAUGCUGAGAGCCGGGCCCUGGCCAAGGAGCGGCAGAAGAAAGACAAUCACAACCUAAUUGAAAGGAGGCGCAGGUUCAACAUCAAUGACCGCAUCAAGGAGUUGGGAAUGCUGAUCCCCAAGGCCAACGACCUGGACGUGCGCUGGAACAAGGGCACCAUCCUCAAGGCGUCCGUGGACUACAUCCGGAGGAUGCAGAAGGACCUGCAGAAGUCCAGGGAGCUGGAGAGCCACUCGCGGCGCCUCGAGAUGACCAACAAGCAGCUGUGGCUCCGCAUCCAGGAGCUGGAGAUGCAGGCACGUGUACACGGCCUCCCCACCACCUCCCCGUCUGGCAUGAACAUGGCUGAGCUAGCCCAGCAGGUGGUGAAGCAGGAGCUGCCCAGUGAAGAGGGCCCAGCUGAAGCCCUGAUGCUGGGCGCCGAGGUCCCUGACCCUGAGACGCUGCCCGCUCUGCCCCCGCAGGCCCCACCGCCCCCACCCGCCCAGCCACAGUCCCCCUUCCAUCAACUGGACUUCAGCCACAGCCUGAGCUUUGGGGGUGGGGCUGACGAGGGGCCCCAGGGCUACACUGAGCCCCUGGGGCCAGAACACGGCCCCCCAUUCCCCAGCCUGUCCAGGAAGGAUCUGGACUUCAUGCUUCUGGAAGACUCCCUGCUGCCCCUGGCCUCCGACCCCCUCUUCUCCACCAUGUCGCCCGAGGCUUCCAAGGCUAGCAGCCGGAGGAGCAGCUUCAGCAUGGAGGAAGGGGAGGUGCUGUGACACCGCUGCCGGCCCCUGUGCUGGGGGGCAUGGGGGAGCGGGCCGGGCCGGGCCCCCUCCCCCUUCAGGGUGCACCUGUGUGUGAAGUAGCCACCUGCCCCGCCUCAUGCCUCCCUGCUGGCUCCUUGUUUGGACUUAGUGCCUGCCUGGCAGCCUGUGGGGUCAGGAGCAGACCCCCCACCCAGC